AUGGCCGACGAGGGUGCUGGCUCUCUGCAACAGGAUGCCAGUUCAGGGUCCACUGUCCGUCCAGAGCCCCAACCUCGCCCAACGCCAGCUCGUUAUGCCUCCACACCUUCAUUUGAAAGCCCUCAGAGACAUCACCGCCGCAACCCGAUAGCCCGGCGUCCCGUAAAGGAAACGCUCAAUGCUCGGUCAGAGUACACUCUCAGUCAAGACGACGGCACUGCCGAGCAUAGAAUCAACCAGUAUGUGAUUAAGCAGGAGAUUGGCCGUGGGUCGUUUGGCGCGGUGCAUAUUGCUGUUGACCAAUAUGGAAACGAAUACGCUGUCAAAGAGUUCUCCAAGACGCGUCUAAGGAAACGCGCAAAGUCGCAACUUCUAAGACAAUCCCGAGGCCCAAGACGUCCAGCAGAUGGUUUGAAUUCUCCUCUGCAUAGACAGGGAUCGGGAGUUGGGGAUGAAGAGAUGAAGAAUGCCCUCUAUCUGAUCAGGGAGGAGAUCGCCAUCAUGAAGAAGUUGCACCACAACAACUUAGUAUCGUUGAUAGAGGUGCUUGACGACCCGACACAAGACUCGCUGUACAUGGUUAUGGAGAUGUGCAAAAAGGGCGUGGUUAUGAGAGUCACUCUUGAAGAGGAGGCGGACCCGUACGAUGACGAGCGUUGUCGUUGCUGGUUUCGUGACCUCAUCUUGGGCAUUGAGUAUCUACACGCGCAGGGGAUUGUCCAUCGUGAUAUUAAGCCUGAUAACUGCUUGAUCACGAACGACGAUGUACUCAAAGUUGUCGACUUUGGUGUGUCCGAGAUGUUUGAAAAGAACUCGGAUAUGCUUACGGCCAAGUCUGCUGGAUCUCCUGCCUUCUUGCCACCAGAACUAUGCGUUAUCAAGCAUGGCGAUGUUUCAGGAAAAGCAGCGGAUAUAUGGUCCAUGGGAGUGACCCUGUACUGUUUGCGAUACGGCAAGCUGCCUUUUCAAGAGCAGAGCAUUAUCGACCUCUACGAGGCCAUAAAAAACGGCCCGAUUGCUUUCGAAGGCGAAAAUGAUGAUGCUUUUAGAGAUCUCAUGUUGCGGAUUCUGGAGAAGGACCCCGCAAAGAGGAUCCAAAUGGACGACCUGAGGGAGCAUCCCUGGGUGACAAAGAACGGCAUGGAUCCUCUAUUGCCAAAGAGCGAAAAUAUUGCCGAAAUAGUUGGGCUCCCUACAGAAGAAGAGAUGAACUCGGCCAUUACCAAAAACUUUGGGCACGUCCUGGCCGUGAUGAAAGCUGUGAAGAAAUUCAAACGCCUCCUCGGACCGACUCGAGCUUCCACACCUAUACAAAGCAUCCUUGGCCAGGAAUACGAGGCACACUUUGUCGAGCCUCCUAUGGAAAUGGACCCGGAGGAGAGUGUGUCCUUACCAACUGCAACACACUUCAGCAAGGCGCAAAGUUUGAACACGUAUAACAGAACAGCCUGGGAGCGUGAGGAUGUCGUUAAAGGAUACCACCUACGGCGACAGGAACCUUUGCCCUAUUAUUUGCAAAAUAACAACAAUUCGGCUGCUGCAUAUGCCUCUACUCUGGACAGAUCGACAAGGAGAGACUCCGGUUCAAUACGGAGCGUCAACAUGGUGGACGACCCCACUGAAGACCCGCAGUCACAGUCUCCCAGAUUCCCACUGUCACGUACUAGCUCGACCGCCACCAAGCGCAGCAUGGAAGGCACAAGGGGACACGCACGAGAUCCGUUAGAAGAAGACUGUCCCUACUUAUUCAUUGGGCCGUCCACGUUCACCGGCUCAAACCCCGGCUCAGACCCUAUAGAUAUCAAGAGCGCCGACGCAACGCCCAGUGUCCUGGACUCAGAUGUUCGACUGACAGAAAAGGAGAUGGGUCCAACAUCAGAAGAGGACUAUCCCAUGGUGAGCGAAUCACCAGGAGCCGCCAAUUUCGACAUCUACGAAACGGCGUACCGAAAGGAAGUCGAGCGCAUCCGAGCCGAUACACUCCCAGGAGAAGGCAAGGGUACCGUACCCAUGGUGUACCUCACUCGUCGUGUAGAGGGGAAAGAUGAAGUGAUGAGACUCGUGAGAGAGACGACAAUGAGUGAGCCCGCUCUGGGUUUGGGAAGAAGAGUGGCUGUCCCUCAGGAUCGGGGCUUUGGCUCCGCGGUUAGCAUGAUCAGAGCCCAACUGGAGCAGGGUCGACAAGAGCAAGAGAAACAGGAACAACAAAAUCAGGACCUCGAAUCUCUCAAUCCCUUCAGAGACGCCAGGUCCUGA